AUGCAACACUACCAGCACAUUGGUCAGGACAGUGAGGCUUGGAAAGUUCAGAAUAGUGACUCCGUACAAUCUGGUUAUUAUGACAGCAGUGAAUUUAUAAGUGUACAGAUCUGGAGGGGAUAUACGAACUGUAACGGCAGUCAUUCAGGAAAUGCCUCAACAAGGAACUGUCCAGUGACAAAUGUCCGUGUAACUAUUAAUGGAUUGACCUGUAACAAUGCUGUAGCACAGCUAGGACCAUAUGUUUGUUAUAAUUAUGAAAGAGUAUCAACAGAGUGUUGUGAAAGGUGCUUGCAAGUGAAGAGAUCCGAGUAUGUUGGGUGUGAGUAUGGUGAUCGAUCCCAACAGUGCCGAGAUAUACAGCCUUAUGACUGUUAUAAUGAACAUAACAGACAAAUCUGCUGUGAUAGAUGUCGACAGUUCAGAGAACAAAGAUCAGGGACCAGUACAGCUGGCUGUGAGUACGGUGAUUUGACGCCACGAUGUGAGACCAUUGUUCAAAGAUCUCAUUUAUGUUACCAACCCGAGAAUCAGAGGAUUUGUUGUCAUUCUUGUCCUAGACUGGCAAACAGGCAAGAACCAGAUUGUCAAUGGGGUAACCAAAGUCCAGACUUGUGUAGACCUUUCAGUGCUGAUGGUAGAUUGCAACUGAAUUGUUACUUGCAAGCUGUUCAAGAAGUCUGCUGUGCCACCUGCAGAAGUCUUAGAGACAGGAUGCGCGAUAAUGUUCCUGGUUGCGAGUAUGGGGAUUCCCCUGUAUUAUUUUACAGUGGUCGGGAGUCGUUAGAUUGUCCUGGAUACAUUAGUCGGUAUGGUCUAGAGAACUGCGACGAUUCAGAGGUUUCCAGGAAAUGUUGUUAUACCUGCUACAGAUACCGAAGAGCACGUGGUUAAAAAUAUAAGAUAUUUGCCAGUUGUGAUAAUAAUUAUGAAAGCAGUCGUCUAAAAGGACGAUAAUCAUUCUGGAUGUUAAAUUCGCGUUUAAAUUUAUAUCGAUUAACAGCAUCAGCAACUGUACACCAACAGUUUGAUUGACACAGUUAUAUUUUCCCAUGAGAACACAUUUUAUUAUUGCACCUAAUGUAUCAUUUGUGUAGUGGCGCGGUGCAGAAAGCGAACUAUCCACACAAAUGUUUUAUUGACUGCCAGGGAAUAAUUGUCAUAGCUCGUCCGAUGUAUUUGAUGACGAGUGUUCGAGGAAUAUUUUAGCGAUAUACAUUUGAAUAAUAGCUGUCCUACAGACUGUGCAAGUGUAAAAUGAUCAAAUCUUUUGUAAGAAAAUAUAUAUCUGUUUUUUAGUCAUAUUAAGAACGAAAUGAUCCGUCUAUGUACACAUUAUCAGCUUAUUCAAAUGCACAAACUUUUUGUUAAUGAAGACACAUGAUGAAUCAUUCUUGUGGUAGUGGAGCCGCCAUGAAAAUCGGCAAUUUCCGUGCAAUAGCGUUUACCUGCUACAAAAAUUGUUCCUGUAAGUUACAUUUACAGCCGAUGAAUACCGAAUUAACGAAUGAGAAUACGAAAUCGUACGGAAAUUGUCGAAUGUUUUGUUUCACGUAUUUCAAUCUGAACAAAGGGUAAAUAAAUGCUGUAUGCUGUAAAUUCCAAUAUAUCAAUCGCAGUGGUUCCCCUUAAAAUUGAUGUUAAUGCUAGGGGAAGUAAACUGCUGAUAGUGAAGUUUGGCUAAAAUCAUCUUCAUGUAAGAUAAAUACACUCCCUUACAUAUUGGUGCAACUGCAUCUUUAUCUAGUUAUAAACUUCUUAUUAUCACACUAAGUAAAACAUGAAUUUAAAA